AUGCUUGUUCCUGCCCCAAGCUUACACCUUCUCGAGGGGGGGGACACGAUGGAGGAGAUGGAGAUCGAGGAGGGGUUAGCGGGAGGCGAGGAAGGCAAGGAAGAUGAGCGAGGUGGAAUGGACGUCGACGAGCCGGUGCCAUCGCAGCCACAACUUGAGCAGCCAUCGCAGCCACAACUUGAGCAGCCAUCACAGCCACCGUCCCAAACCCCUCCGGAUGGGUCCCAACCAUCUGAAGCUGCGCACUCCUCUCGACCCUCCUCUUACCCAUCCUCACAACCUCUGCCGUUUUUGGUCCCAGCCCAGUCCCAGAUCGAUACAACAACCCCCCGCCGCCGCUCACGGCGGAUAACCACCAACCCACAAUUCGACUCGCCACCCGAGACCAUACGCCCGACCGUGAACGCCUUUUCGACGCCUAGGCCCGCUGAAGCUGAGAGCGAGCCGACGCCGAGCCGGCUGACCCGCGCAACAACACCAGCAGGCACGACACGCGAACAGCUCCUGGCGACUCCCGCUGUCCCCAUCGACGACGGUGACGAAACUCGCUAUGGGCGGUACUACGAGGCGCUUGUGCGCCCACUACGCAUCCAGACUCUAGGCCAGGGUAUCGGGCGCCUCAAAUUCGACGACAUGGCCCAGUGUUACCCGCUCAUCGCGGCCGAGACGCCCGACGGCCUGCGCGCCGCGUGGGAGAGCACGCUCGAUCAAGUGCGAGGGGAGGCGAUGGACGGCGCCUAUUCCCUGUUCGAUGAAUAUAGAAUGGCGCGCAAGCUGCAGCGCUUUGCGGACACGGUCGACGACGCAUUGCAAUGGAAGGCGGAACAUCCGGGCGUCACACCACCAGGCGCGUGGCGGCCUGACCUCACGCCGCAGGUGCUCAGCACGGCUGCCAACCUCGGCGUGUACGACGAGUCGUGGCGCAUGUUGCGUGAGGAAUACCUAUCGCUCACAACGGAAUGUGCAUUGGACAGUGGGGUGUCCGAUGCCGUUCUUGAGCUCAGCAAGACAAACGCCCUCUUCGAAGACUUCCCCACCACAGCCAUGCUCGAGUGGGCCGAAGACGUGGGUGCCGAGUAA